UUAUGUAAACCUGCUCUGAUUUGGCCCGGUUCUGUGUUAUAGUGGACUUUGGUGGACUGAGCGGGUCUGAAGGCACAUCUUCAUUUACUCUGAGAUGAUUUAAUCACAUAAAUUCAUUCCCGCGCUUCAGUAACGCCUCAGUGUCUCGGGCGCAGCAUCAUGUCCGUCAGCUCCGUGCACUGGUUCAGGAAGGGUCUGCGUCUUCAUGAUAACCCGGCUCUGCUGGAGGCCGCCCGGGGCUCACACACGCUGCGCUGCGUUUACUUCCUGGACCCCUGGUUCGCCGGGGCUUCCAACCGCGGGGUCAACCGCUGGAGGUUUCUGCUGCAGUGUCUGGAGGAUCUGGACUCCAGUCUUCGUAAACUCAACUCCUGUCUGUUCGUCAUCCGCGGUCAGCCGGCCAACAUCUUCCCGCGCCUCUUCAAGGAGUGGAAAGUGUCUCGGCUGACGUUCGAGUGUGACUCGGAGCCAUUCGGGAAAGAGCGAGAUGCAGCUAUAAAGAAACUAGCGUCUGAAGCAGGAGUGGAGGUGAUCGUGAAGACCUCGCACACGCUUCACGACCUGGACAGGAUCACGGAGCUGAACGGUGGUCAGCCGCCGCUGACGUAUAAGAGCUUCCAGACGCUGGUGAGCAGCAUGGAGCCUCCAGAGCCUCCGCUGGAGCCGCUGACCCGAGAGCUGCUGAGAGACUGUGUGACGCCCAUCAGCGCAAACCACAGAGAGAGAUACAGAGUGCCCCUGCUGGACGAGCUGGGUAACACACACACACACACAUUUGUGGUCAUGUGAUCAGUCGUGUCUGAGGCAUGUGCUGCUGUUUUCCAGGCGUGGCAGGAGAACUUCGAGCAUCCGAAGAUGAGCUCCAGUCCGCUGCUGGCCAGUCCGCUGGGCUUGAGCCCGUACCUGCGCUUCGGCUGUCUGUCCUGUCGCCUCUUCUACUACAAACUCACUGAACUCCACAACAAGGUGAAGAAGAACGCAAGCCCGUCGAUUUCUCUUUACGACAAGCUCUUAUGGAGGGAGUUCUUCUACACGGCGGCGAGCAACAACCCGCGCUUCGACCGCAUGGAGGGAAACCCUAUCUGCAUUCGCAUCCCGUGGGACAGGAACCCCGAGGCGCUUGCCAAGUGGGCCGAAGCCAAGACGGGCUUCCCGUGGAUCGACGCCAUCAUGACCCAGCUGCGUCAGGAGGGCUGGAUCCAUCAUCUGGCGCGGCACGCCGUGGCCUGCUUCCUGACGCGAGGAGAUCUCUGGAUCAGCUGGGAGGAGGGCAUGAAGGUGUUCGAGGAGCUCCUGCUGGACGCUGACUGGAGUGUGAACGCCGGGAGCUGGCUCAGUCACUCCUGCAGCUCCUUCUUCCAGCAGUUCUUCCACUGCUACUGUCCCGUGGGAUUCGGACGCAGGAUUGAACCCAACGGAGACUUCAUCAGACGUUACUUACCCGUGCUCCGAGAUUUUCCGGCCAAGUUCAUCUACGAUCCCUGGAACGCACCGGACGACGUGCAGCGGGCCGCCAAAUGUGUGAUCGGCGUGGAUUACCCCAAACCCAUGGUGAACCACGCCGAGGCCAGCCACCUGAACAUCGAGAGGAUGCGGCAGAUCUACCAGCAGCUCUCCAGAUACCGCGGACUCAGUCUUCUCGCAACUGUUCCGUCCAAUCACAUGGAGGUCGUGGGUGCAAAUGAAUCUCAAGGAGCAACGGCGCCCCCUAUCUGCCGGAGGACCCAGAGCAGCACUUCGUCUCACCGGGUCAGGAGAGAACAGCAUGGAGCAAGCAGAGCGAAACAUUGCAUCACAAGACACCGACACGCCUUCAGCCACCGUACAUCACCCUACACCACCCAGAGCGACCUGACGGAGCACGGCCACGAGUUUGCCAUCCCUCAACAACCAGGGCGUCUGAUUUGGUCGGUUGGGGGCGGGACUGGAAGGAGAGAAAAAGAGGAGGCGGAGCUUAACAGUUGCCAUGGUGAUGACGGCCCCUCCUCCUCCUCCUCCUCCUCUUAAGAGCCAAAAGCCCAAGAUGAUGAAAAAAUGCAGGAAGAUGCGGAGGGCGUGGCCUUCUGUUCCUAA